AUGGAAGAAUGUCACCAGAGUACGUUUGAUCCUCCCUUGGGGUGCUCGGCCCUGCGGCCAACUGAAGGGGCCAACUUGGACCCGCGAUUUAUGCCCAGCAGGUGGGUAGGGGCUAGAUAUCCCUGCCGUCGGCUUAUAUUUACGGAAUUAUAUGGUAUUAUGAGCCAUGUCGUAUAUAGGCUUAUAUCUCAUGGUUACGCACAUAUAUAUGGGGGAGCUAACAAUAUUUCCCUCCCCUCUUCAGCUCGACGAAAAGUAAUAAAAUAUCAACCGACCACGCCUCCUAGGCUGUUCUCAAUGACGCCGUAUGGAGCCAAUAUCGUGGUUGGAAAACUAUUGAUUUUUUGCAGUGAUGAUCGGAUUUACAUCGUGUCUGAUGACGGGCGGCUUUCGCUGGUAGAUCUGCGCCCAUUUGAUACCGGUAAAGGGGCUCGUGUAUUGUCGACAUCUGGUGAUCGUGGAGACGGACCAUGGUUACUCCCAGCGCUCUCUUCCUUGCGUUAUCCGAAUUCUCAUGGAUUGUCGAUUCCUGGUUGCUGGGUUCUGGCUGUUGAAAAGUCCAUCCUCUAUCGAAUUCAUAUAUAG